CUCACUCCGCAUCGCAGCACCUCGACGCACGCGCGUGAAGAAAGUACCGGAACAUUGACUUUCUAACCAUCGCGGACGUUAUAUUCCAUUUUCAAAUUCGAAGACAACUUUUUUUGAGUUAGCGCUUGUCCAUGGCCAGUUUGCAUGCUCGUAAAAGUGAACGAAAGUGGAGUUUAAUGUUUGAUCUGUGAAUAAUUCAAUUGUGAAUCUGGGGUCGUGAGAACUUCCGUGGCGCAGCCGUUGUUCCUGCAUAACUAUGGAUCUCAGACACCGCACUACUUUGUGGGCCAGCCCCUCGCUGCCUCCAUCAUGGGUCAAGAGCAGUCGCUUGCUGAGCACGCCACUGUCGCACCACUGAGGCACUACCGCGACAAGUACCACGACAGACAGAGAGCAUCAUCCAUAGAUUUGCGAUCUUGCGAUUACGAAAGGAAAGAUUACACACACAAAUCACGAAGGAGCACCGAUAGUUUUAGAAGUGACAAUUCCUCUACAGAAAGUAGCGGAUACCGAAGCGGUUCUAGCGCUUACGAGAGACGCUCAGAUCGAUCAUCUAAGAGUGAUUACUAUUGUGUUCAAUUGUACAAAAACGAUAAUUACAGAGAAGUCAACAAAGAACUUUACAAACCGGUAAAGAUACCGAAAGACAAACGAUACAAACUUCAGUUAUUCACCGACACUGAAAAAAUUAAGAGUGCCCGUAUUAAGAGUUAUUUGAGUGAUACUGAAAAGGCUACAUUGAAAGCUGAUCCGGCUCCGAAGAAGGCUGGCAUAAGGAAUUAUACGCCUAAGAUUAUAUCUGCAGAAGAGCAGAGGAAAAAGAUAGAUAAUUGGGCAUAAAAACAAGACUAGUAGGUUAAGUUGUAAAUAGUU